AUGAGUAAUAAUAGCGUAACAGCACAUAACUCAGUCCCAUGUAACUCAACGGACACAGGUCCUGUCGUACCCACAGCCCCAUUAAUCAGUUUUCUUGAAACUCUUCAAAAUGCUGCACUCAAAGCUUAUGGGCACAAAGGAUUCGACCCGAAACUUUACGUAGAUUUGUCGCUGGAACAGAAUCUUUCGACUACUAUUGUAGCUUUUGAGAAGCUUCCAAGAACUGAAAAUGGUUCGGUUUCGGGUCAUAAUUUAAACGGGUUUAUUGAGAAGUAUUUGAAGGGGGUUGGGGAGGAUUUGGUCUAUGCUGAACCAGUGGAUUUUGUGGCUGAGCCUGAGGGGUUCUUGCGUAAAGUGAAGAAUCCUGAGGUAAGGGCUUGGGCAUUGGAGGUCCAUUCACUUUGGAAGAAUUUAAGUAGGAAAGUUUCUUGCCGGGUUCAGGAGAGACCCGGUUUUCAUACAUUGCUACCUUUGAAGUACCCGGUUAUGAUUCCCGGGUCGCGAUUCCGGGAGGUUUAUUACUGGGAUUCUUAUUGGGUAAUAAGGGGCUUGUUAGUGAGUAAAAUGUAUGAAACUGCAAAAGGGAUUGUAUAUAAUCUUUUAUCUCUUAUAGAGGAAUUUGGCUAUGUUCUCAAUGGUGCAAGGGCAUAUUACACAAACAGGAGCCAGCCACCUUUCCUGAGUUCAAUGGUUAUAGAUAUAUACGAUCAAACAGGCGAUACGAACUUGAUUGAAAAAGCUCUUCCUGCAUUGCUAAAGGAGCAUGAAUUUUGGAAUUCAGGGAUACAUAAGGUGAUCGUUCAGGAUGCGGAAGGCUCACGACAUACUUUAAAUCGAUACUAUGCAAUGUGGAACAAACCAAGGCCGGAGUCAUCAACUAUUGACAGUGAAAUAGCUUCCAAAUUAUCAAAUACCUGUGAGAAAACGAAGCUAUAUCGUGAAUUGGCAUCAACAGCCGAAUCUGGAUGGGAUUUCAGUACUAGAUGGAUGAGGAACGGAUCUGAUCUUGCAUCAUUAGCUACAACAUCGAUUGUACCUGUUGAUUUGAAUGCAUUCAUUCUGAAGAUGGAACUUGACAUAACCUCUUUGGCACAUGUUAUUGGUGAUAAUAAAAUAGCUGCACGCUUUAUGGAAGCUUCUGAAACUAGAAAGAAGGCCAUGAAUUCUAUUUUCUGGAAUGCAGAGAUGGGACAGUGGCUCGAUUACUGGUUGAGUAAUUUUGAUGCUUCCAAGGAUGCUUACACAUGGAAUGCCUCAAGUCAGAAUCAGAAAUUAUUUGCAUCAAACUUCGUUCCUUUGUGGAUCCAGCUGUUCAAUUCAGACGUCAAGGUGGUAGAUGAAGUCCUCCGAAGUCUCCAAAAUUCUGGCCUGCUCUGCCCUGCAGGGAUUGCAACUUCUUUGACAAAUUCAGGACAACAAUGGGACUUUCCUAAUGGUUGGGCACCGCUUCAACACAUGAUCGUUGAAGGCCUGGUAAGGUCGAGAUCUGAACAAGCGAGGUCUAUAGCAGCAGAUAUUGCUGUGAAGUGGAUCAGAACAAACUAUGUGGCUUACAAGAAAACGGGAAAUAUGCAUGAAAAAUACAAUGUUGAAAAAUGUGGAGAUUUUGGAGGUGGCGGUGAAUAUGUACCCCAAACGGGAUUUGGCUGGUCGAAUGGUGUUGUAUUAGCAUUCUUGGAGGAAUUCGGAUGGCCUCAAGACCUGGAGCUAGAUUGUCCAUAA